CUUAGUUGAGCACAGCACAGCCCUGCGAUCGCACUGGAGUCAUCAACCCAGACUACCAGUGACCACAUGCACCUGCGUAUUGGACGGUCGAGCCUCAAAGCUAAAGUCAGAAUCACUCAACUUCCUCAUCAACCAAGGUCGAAUUGCUGCCAGGAUGGUCAUGGUCGACAAGAUAGACUCAACCAUCCGAGCCGUGGAGAACUUCAUGGGCUCAAGCAAAAUGUCCACUAUGAAGUCUAUGCUCGGUCCGUUGUCUUCAUGGUCAACGUCUUCGCAGCUCAUUCUCGUACUUGUUGUGGUCGUGCCUCUCAUCACGUACUUCACAUCCGCUCUUCGAUUCCGUCAAGUCCAUGUCAGAACCGGCAAAGACGGGCAACAUGUCGUUCCCGUUGUUCCCUACUGGAUUCCUGGUAUUCGGCAUUUCUUCUCCUUCCUCAAAGAUACCCAGGGGUUUCCGCUCGGCUUAGUGAAACGAUACGGAUGGGAGAGACCGAUUCGAUUCCAAGUGGCCAACACGGGCUUCACAGUCGUGGGCAAUCCCGAUCACAUCCAGACCAUCUUCAAGAACCACCGGUACCUCUCCUCCAGGUCCAUCACGGCGCAGUCAGCAAGGUAUCUCCUGGACGUCCCCCCGAGCGUCAUGCCUUUUUACCAAGCCGACGACUCGGGCAUGGCCGGCCAGAUCAGGGAAGGCAGCAAAGUGAAGCCGGAGAACCGCAUCCUCUUCCACCAAACCCGCAGCGCCCAGAAAUUCCUCGCCUCCCCUUUCCUCGAGCCCCUAUCGCAACGCUUCGUGGACAUGCUGCACCGCCACGUCGAGGCCCUAGAGAUAGGCGACGACUGGGUCGAGCACCCCGACCUGUUCAAGUUCCUGCAGGUGACGGUCUCGCGCGCCAAUAUCGAGGCCAUCAUGGGUACGAAGAUCACGGAGCUCAACCCGACCAUGGUGGAGGAUUUCUGGCGCGCCAAGAGGUACUCGCAUCUUUACUUCAAGGGCUUCCCUCGAUGGCUCGUUCCCAAGGCCUUUGCUGCCCGAGACCGGGUGCUCGAGUCCAUACAGAAGUGGCACGCCUACGCUUUCGCGAACAGCGACCACACGAACACCGGGCCAAAGGACCCUGACUGGGAGCCCAUCUUUGGUUCCAAGUACGUCAAAGCCCGGCUUCAGUAUAUGCUUGGCAUGAAGCCGCUGGAUGACCGUGUCCGCGCCUGCGAGGACUGGGGCUUGAUGUUCGGCAACUACAGCUCAAACGCAAACACCUUGCCCGCCGUAUUCUGGUAUCUCUACGAAGCUCUCAGGGACCCGGCCCUCUCGGCCCGCAUGAUGGCCGAAGCCGCCCCCUUUGUCACUUCCGACAAGGACACGUGCAACAUCAACUUCCUCGACAUGGCCGAGCAACCCCUGCUGCAGUCCGUAUUCGCCGAAGUUCUCCGGACCCGUGUUUCUAUCCUCGUCAGCCGCAUGGUCGAAUAUGGCAAUAUCAACUUUCACGGCUACACGGCGCCGCGCGACGAGUACAUCCUGAUGCCCACCGAUGCGUUGCACUACAGCCCAGAACCAUGGGAGCGCGCAGGGCGGACUCUCAAAACGCCCCUGGAACAGUUCGAUCCCGAACGGUUCCUGGUUCCGUCCGAGAAGGGAACGGGAUCGCCCGAGUUCUCCCUCGACGGUCUCGCCGGCCUAUGGAUCCCCUUUGGUGGGGGUGAUCGUAUGUGUCCGGGCCGGCACCUCACCAAGAUGGAGAUGUUGAUUACCUAUGCCUAUUUGUUCUCAAGAUAUGAGGUUGAGAUGGACGAUGGGGACGCUGGGAAGGUGAAGAAUGACAUGAGGUAUGCGCCGUUUGGUGCCCUCCCUCCGGACCGUCCCGUUCGGUUCAAGAUUAGACGCAAG